ACGUAACUACUUUAAAACUUGAUUCACAAUCAGUUUACGUUCAAUUGUAAUCUUCCAUUUAAGCUGUAAGCGUGGUUGUUCAAAUUGCAUAUGAAUUAGUAUAGGAAUACAAAGAAAAUGCAAACACAAAAUAUUAAUAUUUUUAAUAAAUUCAGUGUAUAAAUUUUAUAGCACAAUAAGUGCAGCACCGUUUUUCAAUUUGACAGAUUCGAGGACAUUUUACUGUAACAAUGGAAACUAUAACAGACUGUGAUAUGGAGGAGGACGAUAGAAUCACAAUGCUGGAGCCGAAAUUCAGGUCCAUUUCUCUCCAGGCUUUACGCCCGACUGCCCGUCGUCAAAUAGCAAUGCACUUGGAUAAAGAGUUAACCGCUAUUAAUGUAGAUAAUGGAAUGCUUUGUGAUUGGAGAGGACUAGCUGAACUGGUGGGAUUCAGCAAUCUUGAAAUAUCAAAAAUGGAAAGAUCAGGGAAACCGACUGAAGAACUUCUUUAUGAAUGGGAAACAAAUUCAAAUUGGGAUUCUACUUUGGGACACUUGUGGUCUUGUUUACACAAAUUAGAUAGGAAAGACGUUUUAUCUGAUAGCAAAUCGUAUAUAGAACGAGAUGCACAAACUUUUAUCGACCAACAAGAAAGACUGAAAAACGAUUAUUGUCCAUUACAAGAACCCACCAUAUCUUCAACAACCGUUCCACCUAACAUAGGAGACCAUUUUUGUGAUGAAACAAAAUUCCUGACAAUCCAUGAUAUUGCAAAUCCAGAUAAUCCUGUUAUAUAUGACGCUUUUAUUUGUUACAACCCAAAUGCAGAGGGCAAGGACUCUUACUUUGUACAACAAUGUAUUAAACAGCUUGAACACAAACAUGGUUUGCAACUUUGUAUUCCCAUUAGAGAUUGUCUUGCUGGAGGGGCAAAAUACAUGAUGGAUGCUGAAUUGAUCAAAGCAAGAUGUAGACGAAUGGUCAUAGUAAUAAGCCACGAGUUUCUUCUCAGCCAAGAUUGCGAUUUCCAAGUUAAAUUUGCACAAUCAUUAGCGCCAGGAGCACGAAAGAAAAGAUUGAUUCCUGUUUUAUUGGAAGACAAACUUAAAAUACCAGAUAUUUUAAGACAUGUUACUAUUUGUGACUAUACUAAACCUGAUUUAAUGGAAUGGUUUUGGGACCGCUUAGCCUCUUCAAUCAGGGCUCCUUUAGAUCCUGAACAGGAAUUGAGUUUUGUUCCUAAAAACAGUCAUGAACGAAAAGAGUUAUCAAAUUCGUCAUCAAUGGAGAAAUUUAACAGGUCAUCGGAACAAGGAAAGAACAAUUCACGAAUGCCACAAAGUAAUAGUUCACCAGAGUUGAAAAAGAGUACCCCUGAACGGAUCGAAAAAAGAACACAUUCUUGGACUAUCCUGUCGUCAGGUAGAUCAUCGAGCGAGUCGAGCUCAAGUAGAUUUUCUAUGAUAUCAGCCGAGUCCCUACCCGACGAUAUGUCAGUCUGCAUGUUGAAUGACAAUCAAAACUGUAUGGACAUUAAUGGUUCAUCACCAAAAAGAAAAUUAGAAAUAUCAUCAUCGUACGAAUCAUUUAAUAAAAUUUUACCUAACUGUCAAAAUAUACAACAACGACCAGAGCAAAAGUCUAAAGCGAUGAAAUUUCUUUGCCGUAUACAAAACGCACUCAGUAAAAGCAAAUGAGACAAACAUUUAUGCCACACGUAUACGUACAUAUGACCGAAAUGAAUUUUUAUUAAUAAUUGAAUAUUUCAGCAAGAAUGGUUUUAAUGUUUACAUUAAUAAUUGUGUGUGUGUGUAUGGUUAAGGGCAUACGAUACAGUUACAGGGGAGGUAAUGACGUUGCUAACGUAAAUUGUUAUUUUCGCGACGUCAAACUGUGACUUAUCGGGAAAAGAUGCAGUUUUCGACUGAUUUUUAUCAUUCAAUCUGAUUUAACUUGAAAACGAGUUCAUGGACCCCUCUUUUUUUAAAAUGACAUUUGGUUUGAUUACGAAUGAAGAUUAUGUUUACCAAUUUUCAUGAAAAAGUCAAUACUGCAAUUUCUUUUAAAUUUGAUAAAUAUACAGCAAAAAAUGACGUUUUUUUUUCUGCAAUCAUGAUCAUUUGAUUAAUAUGAGUUAUUUGUAAAAAUAAAAUGUACAAAUUUAUAGAACAUUUAUAUAAAACAGAAAUUACAAAUAAUUUAACAAAAAACAGCUUGUGUUUAUCUUUUAAAACAAAAAAGUUAUGUAUUUCUAUCGAAAAGAAAAGAACGUCCACAAAUCCGAAUUUUGAGGAAAUAUCUGAAAUUUCAACCUCAAUUUACUCAAAAAGUAGCACAUGAUGGUAUAUUUUUUAUUACAUAUUUGAUUUAAUCAGGUAAAAAAUAGCCUAUAUGCAAAUUUUCAUCAAAAUUUCAUUAUGGGAUCAAAACUGUAUCGUAUGCCCUUAAGAAAGGAUGAUUUUAACGUGUACACACAUUAAUGAUAAUGUGUGUUGUUAAGAAAUCAUGAUUUUAGUUUGUUUAUAAUGACUGUUUUAUGUGGUUAAGAAGCAUGGUUUUACUUUGUACAUACAUGAUUACGUGUGUGGUUAAAAAUAAAGCAUGGUUUUACUGUGUACAUUAAUAAUUGUAUGUGUAGUUAAGAAAGAAAGGUUAUAGUAUGAUUGCUUGUGUGGUAAUAAGAGGCAUGGUUUUAGAUUGUACAUUAAUGAUUGUGUGUGUCGUUAAGAAAGCAUGGUUUUAGUUUAUACAUUAAUGAUUGAAGAAAACUGUUGUGUUUGUUAUUAAAAAAAAACAUGAUUUAAGUUUGUACAUUUAUGAUUGUGUGUCUCGUUAAGAAGUAUGGUCCUACUGUGUACAUUAAUGAUUGUGUGUGUGGUUAAGAAAGCAUGAUUUUAGUUUGUACAUUAAUGAUUGUGUAUGUGGUUAAGAGAGCAUGGUUGUCGUAUUUAUAUUAAUGAAUUAUCUGUGUUCUUUAGAUCUGCAGAUCUAGAGUUUGUUUAACAUGUUAAAAAUAAAAAUAUUACGAAUAAUA